AAACAAUGUUUGUGAUUCAUUUCAAUUAGCAAAAGGAUAUCUUUUUACUCUUUUAUUGCCCACAGUGGCUCAUUUUGCUAAUUAUGCACAAAUUCUUUGUGUUGGAAAUAUGGUUAGUAAUAUAUUUUUUAGACGGCUAUUGUUGGGUACGCUGGCGCAAAUAAGUCAAAAACUGUUGAUUUAUUACGUGAUACGUGUCAAGACAUUGAUAUGGUAUUAGGAAAUAAGCUCGAAGAUUCACGUGUGAAUAAUUCAGCUACUAUUGAAUCACUUUUCAGUGGAAUGCAAAGAGUCGGCCUACUUCUGCUACAGCUUUUGGAUGAAAUCAGCACGUUCUUUGCUUCACUUGGUUUGUAUAAAGCGACAGGUGGGGCAUCAUAUGACCGCAGUUUAAUAAAUCAAUUGUACAACACUCUUCGAUACAUUCGGCAUCAAACACUAGAUAAUAGUACCAGUGUUCAAAAUCCACUUUUAAAUAUUGGUGGUGCUGGUCAUCCGGAUGAAUUGCCUAACGGUAUUAGAAGUGAUAUGCAAGGAGACGGAUUUAUUAGCAGAUUUUUGAUUUCUUGCCCAACACCAUCGAUAAGAUAUCGCUGCUAUUGA